AUGCAGGGAGGAAUUCUGACUGAAGAUGACCUGGAGAAGUACUUCACAUUCGGAGAGUGUCCAAGGACAAGUCUCGUAGUACCGCCGCCUUCCUCCAGUUACGAUCGGCAGCAGCCACACUCCACCACCCUCGAUGUGGGAGGGCCAUCUCUCACAAGCCGAUGCUCCAGUGGACCUCCCUCGUAUGAUCAAUGGGUCUACCGGAUACCCGAGGCAUGUAUUCGCGAUUUAGCAUUCGAGAAGCUUAUGAGGGUCGUGCCUGAUCAUCCAAUGUCAGAAGCAAACUUAUGGACGCGGAUGGUAUCACGCCCGUCAUUGAAACGCUCUCGACGGCCCAUGAACUACGACAUGCAACAAGACGUUCUUAACAUCGUGCGGAUUGAUGACUCAUUGAGUGCAGAGAGCGUGACAGUGGUGGAGAUACCGAGUUCUAUGUCGAAGCCAGCAUCAUACUCUGACAAUAAACCGCCAAAGUUAAUAAUGAACGCCUGCAAUGAAGAAUCAAUAAAGUCUGUCCAAUCUGACUCUCCACAUUUUCUAGGAUGGGUUACCGAAGCGAAAUCCAAUGGGAGGGGCGAAGGGAUCGAGAAACAAGCAUCCUCCAAUACUUGCUUCCUACCAAAGCUACACCUAAAAACAGCAUGGAAUCGACUGCGCCGUUGGACGACUACUGCACUCAGGGACAUGAAGAGUCGAACUGCGCGUUUAUCAUUAGCUACUCGACCAAUCAGGUGGGUGAACCGACACGCUGCGCCACAGUAG